GAUUAUAUUCGUGCUUCUGGCCGUACUGGCGAUGGCGCUGUUACCAGCUGCGGCGGAGUGGGAAGCGCUGGCGUUAACUGGGUCGAUACUGGUGACAGUAUGUCUUGGUGCUGGUACACUGAUGGCUACACAUCACGCCCCGUUGCCACUGUUUGCUCUUAUAUUGAUGGUGCACACAAUGAUGCCCAUAGCAAGAUCCAUCGCCCUUGGCCUGGCUGCGGCUCUAACCCUUGCUUACAUGGGUUUGGCGAUCGGUUUAGGACCGGCUGGCCAGGAAGGACAGUUCUAUCAACAGCUUAUUUGUGAACUGGCGUUGCUGUUAUCAGCAAGUGGUAUUGGGCUCUACUAUCGAGCCCUUACCGAGAGAGCCCAUCGGAACACGUUCGCUGGUACAAGAACGUGUCUAGAACAACGUGUGAAACUGGAAUGUGAGAGGGAACAACAAGAGAGCCUUCUACUAUCAGUCAUACCUGCUUACAUCGCUGCUGAGGUAAAACGUUCCAUCAUGCUCAAGAUGGCGGAAUCCUGUGUGGACAGUUCGAAGCAGACACGCUUCCACGAGAUGCAUGUACAACGUCACAAUAACGUCAGCAUCUUGUACGCGGAUAUCGUCAACUUCACACCCCUCUCAGAGAGGUUGAGCGCUUCUGACCUCGUGAAGACUUUGAACGAACUCUUCGGACGAUUUGAUCAAAUUGCUCAGGAAAAUCAAUGCAUGCGAAUCAAAAUCCUCGGAGACUGUUAUUACUGCGUGUCCGGACUUCCCGUUUCGAGGCCCAACCAUGCGUACAACUGCGUCAACAUGGGCCUGCAGAUGAUAGAAGCAAUAAGGUUUGUAAGGGAAGCUACUGGCUUCAACGUUGACAUGAGGAUUGGAAUACAUACCGGUAAUGUGCUGUGUGGGGUUCUUGGUCUACGAAAGUGGCAGUUCGAUGUCUGGAGCGAUGACGUCACACUAGCAAACCACAUGGAAUCUGGUGGUAUUGCUGGUCGCGUCCACAUAACUAAAUCUACAAUGCUCCAACUUGGUGGUAAAUUUGAAGUGGAGCCUGGUGAUGGUGCGUCACGGGAAGGCUACCUGGCUGACCACAAAGUUGAAACGUAUUUGAUUGUACCGCCAAAGAGACUAGGGAUAUCCGAGAAUGGACGUCUAUCAGUUUGCACCGUGGACCGUAAGUCUAGCAUCGUGUCUUCAAUAUACCAGGACGUGUCACCGACAAAGCCCAAAGAGAACAUUAGUCCCUGUCCAUCUCAGCAUAGCUUCGUUGAUCAAGAAGGACCUAAAGUGACGAGGGUCGAGUCGAUGAGGAAUGCUGGAGAUCUUAGCAGAAGAGCAUCAGUUAAGGUAGAUGGACCUAAAACAGUGGCAUUUGAUAACAAUAACGCCGCAAGUCCCGGCGAAGCUCUUGGAAAUGGAGUAGUCGUGAGCAAACCAAAAAGUCGAAGUGGUUCUAUCAUUGGAGCUAUUAGUCCGAUUAUGGGAACAGAACUUGAUACAGAAACUUCACCAGUGCCAAAGGAUAUCGUCCAACCUUUUUAUCUUCGGAUGCUAAGUACUAUGUCGGUGGAGUCUUUAACCACUCCUGGUGUGCCUACAAGAUCUCGACCUUCUAGCAAGAUGACUAAAUACGUCGAGUGUUGGGGCGCUGACAAACCAUUUGCAAAUAUAACUGACUCUACUUUGGCUAAAAAUAUAGGAAUAUCAAGUUUAGCAAUGAUCGAACAACAUUUACUACCACAACGGACUUGCUGUGAUUACAGCAAUAACUCUGAGGGCCUUGGACGGAUAACACUAGGAUUUAAGAACAGAGAACAGGAAAGACAGUAUAGGAAUCAGGCGGACGCACAGUUUAAAUAUUACGUAGCUUGCGCCGCUGCCUUGUUUGUUCUGCUAGCCUUCAUACAGUUGUUGACAGUUCCUAAAAGUGUAAUAAUUUAUGCAUCGUUUGGUCCAACGUUGAUCACACUUCUGGUCUUUGUCUACUUGUCGUGGUCGGACGGACGCGACGGGAUUUUGCUCUCCGAUGUUCCCGACGACUUGUAUGUCGACAACUGCAGUAAGCCAGGACAAGUGGUAGCCAACAACUGUUACAUCAGACUAACAAUGUUUGUGAUCUCCGUACUUCUCAUUAGCACUUGCGCCGUCAUCAAUUUGUUCCAAGCAUACAUUAUCCAAGAAUUUCCGUCUGAAAGCAGAAGUAAUAUUAGCAUUUUGAAUGGGACGGCUAUCACUGAUAUGCCGCUUUAUAUCGACGUCGAUUCUGCUCCUAGCUACCUCUACAGUUCAGUACUAACUCUAGCCUCGAUAUCCGUAUUUCUACGAGCGGGUUUUGUGCUCAAGUUGUUUCUGAUGCUGUUGACGUUAAUAGAACACAUCACUCUGUUUGCAUAUGCGGAACUUUUUAUUAAAUAUCAGAUCCAGGACAUUGAUAACGAGUUUUCGACGCUCCCGUAUGCCGCUAAAGCUGGUCUAGUGCUAGUAUUCCUAGCUUUAUUGUUACAUAUUCUAGACCGGCAGAUAGAGUUCACCUCGAGAACGGACUUCCUGUGGAAAGAUAAGCUGAAGUUCGAACAGGAAGAAGUGGAGACGAUGAGAGGAAUCAAUAAGAUAUUACUGGAAAAUAUUCUACCGGCUCACGUGGCUCAACAUUUUCUGACAUCUGUUGCAUCCAAGGACGAGUUAUACCACGAACGGUACUCUAGUAUUGCUGUGAUGUUCGCCUCCAUCCCCAAUUACAAGGAGUUCUACGACGAAACUGAUGUCAACAAACAGGGACUCGAGUGUUUGAGACUACUGAACGAAAUUAUAUGCGAUUUCGAUAAGCUACUUCUAAAGCCAAAGUUCAGUGGCAUAGAGAAGAUUAAGACCAUCGGCAGCACUUACAUGAUCGCUUCGGGCUUGAGACCUGGGAAAGAGGAACAGAUUGAUGGCAACAGCAAGGAAGAGCACACAGUAGCCAUACUGGUGGAGUUCGCAAUCGCUCUCAUGACUAUACUCGAUCAAAUCAAUCGCGAGUCCUUCCAGAGGUUCAAACUGAGGAUAGGUCUGAGCCACGGUCCCGUGAUAGCCGGAGUGGUGGGUGCGCAGAAGCCACAGUACGAUAUUUGGGGCAACACGGUCAAUGUCGCCUCUCGUAUGGACUCCACGGGCCUCAUGGGCCGGAUACACGUCACCGAGGAUACCGCUAAAGUUCUCAUGAACGCAGGUUACACAUGUGAGUGUCGCGGACCUACGUUUGUCAAGGGCAAAGGAACGUUAAUUACGUAUUUUGUGAAAACGCCAAACAUUGGAGGUGGACUAUGAUGAGAUAAAAUUACUAUAGUUGAAAUUAUUUCUCUUUGUAUUACUUUACUAUGAAAAUUGUAAAUGCUUUAAACUAUCACAAAGCCCUACAUCUUAAGCUUUGUGAAUAUAAAAUAUUUCUGAAUAAAUGUGUUUAAUAAUA